AGUCUCUUCCUCUCAUUCCCUCUCAAACACAAAAAUCUUCAUCUUAUGCUAACACGACGACAAAUCCAAUCCAUUCACUCGGAUAGCGAUUCUCAAAUCCCACUUGUUCUUCAUUCCCUCUUAUAUAUGUAAAACCAUUGAAACCCUCCAUUCUCAUUCUCCAAAACCUACCGCCAUGGCCACCGAAGCUUCCCAAACUCACCCGUUUCGCUCAGUACCCAGAACAACCGAGUUUCAGCCCAACCCCAUCUCGGUGUCUCCUCCCACGAUCUCCGCCACCCACGAUGGCCUCGAGUUCUGGCAAUUCAUGGUUGCAGGCUCAAUCGCCGGCUCCGUCGAGCACACAGCCAUGUUCCCCGUCGACACUCUUAAGACCCGGAUGCAGGCCUUAUCCGGGUCGGUCUCGGUUCGGCCCAUUGGGGUCCGGCAAGCUCUGGGCUCGAUUUUGAAGCUCGAGGGCCCGUCGGUCCUCUACCGUGGAAUCGGUGCAAUGGGCCUCGGCGCCGGCCCGGCCCACGCGGUAUACUUCUCCGUAUACGAACACUUCAAGGAGUUAUUCUCCCGCGAGAAGCCGAACAACCCGGUGGCUCAUGCGGCGGCUGGGGUCUUUGCUACAGUGGCGAGCGACGCCGUGAUAACACCCAUGGAUGUGGUGAAGCAGAGGCUGCAGUUGAAGAGUAGUCCGUACAAGGGCUUGGGGGAUUGUGUGAGGAGGGUUUUGAUGGAAGAGGGAUUUGGGGCGUUCUAUGCCUCGUAUCGGACGACGGUUGUGAUGAAUGCGCCGUUCACGGCGGUUCAUUUUGCCACUUACGAGGCGGCCAAGAGAGGGUUGACGGAGGUUUCGCCGGAGAGUGCCUCAGACGAGAGGUUGGUGGUUCACGCCACGGCUGGGGCCGUUGCCGGAGCUUUGGCUGCCGCUGUGACGACGCCGCUUGAUGUUGUGAAGACUCAGUUGCAGUGUCAGGGUGUUUGUGGUUGUGAUAGAUAUUCUAGUAGCUCAAUUGGAGAAGUAAUUAAAAGUAUAGUGGUAAAGGAAGGAAAGCAAGGAUUAAUGAGAGGUUGGAUCCCAAGAAUGCUAUUCCAUGCACCAGCUGCUGCUAUUUGCUGGUCUACUUAUGAAGCAUCAAAAACCUUCUUUCAAACACUCAACCAAAGCAAUCAUAAUUACCAUUAACAAUAAUAAUAAUAAUAAUAAUAUGAUUCUUGUUUAUAAAUAGUGUAUCUCUAAGCACCCUCCACUUAUCUUAUGGUGACUACAAUGUAGUAAUUGUAGCCGGCCAUUACUUACUGGAAUAUAUAAAUCCCUAAGGGAUCGUUUGGUAUACAGAAAUCUGGACACGAAAAUGAGAAUCUGAAAACUUUCUCAUGUUUGGUACUGGGUUUGAGUUUUUCUAACUUGUGAAUCUGUACUCCAGGAGUUUUAACUUGUCCUAAUUUUAUGUUCAAGUGAAACUCAUCUGACAAGUGGUUUUCAGAUACCCAGGAAUAUGAAACACUUCAAAAUUAUUGUUA